GUGUUAAGAGGGGGGCGGUGCGGGCCCGGAAGCAAGGAUGUAGGAGCUGAACUUGAGUGGUGGGCUGUGGACUCUGGGAUGCUGCUGCUGCUGCUGCUGCUGCUAGUGGCUGCGGCCCAGGCAGUGGCCCUGGCUCCGCGCCGCUUCACUCCGGACUGGCAGAGCUUGGACUCGCGGCCACUGCCGAGCUGGUUCGAUGAGGCCAAGUUCGGGGUGUUCGUGCACUGGGGGGUGUUCUCGGUGCCCGCCUGGGGCAGUGAAUGGUUCUGGUGGCACUGGCAGGGCGAUCGGAUGCCGGCCUACCAGCGCUUCAUGACAGAAAACUACCCGCCCGGCUUCAGCUACGCCGACUUCGCACCGCAGUUCACAGCGCGCUUCUUCCACCCGGAUCAGUGGGCCGAACUCUUUCAGGCUGCCGGGGCCAAGUACGUCGUCCUGACCACAAAGCAUCAUGAAGGCUUCACAAACUGGCCAAGCCCUGUGUCUUGGAACUGGAACUCGAAGGACGUGGGGCCCCACCGUGAUUUGGUCGGUGAGUUGGGAGCAGCUGUGCGGAAGAGGAACAUACGCUACGGCCUCUACCACUCGCUCUUGGAAUGGUUCCAUCCACUCUACCUACUUGAUAAGAAAAAUGGCUUCAAAACUCAGCAUUUCGUCAGGGCAAAAACAAUGCCAGAGCUGUAUGACCUUGUUAACAGCUACAAGCCUGACCUGAUCUGGUCCGACGGGGAGUGGGAGUGUCCUGACACGUACUGGAACUCCACCAGCUUCCUUGCUUGGCUCUACAACGAUAGCCCUGUCAAGGAUGAGGUGAUAGUGAAUGACCGGUGGGGCCAGAACUGCUCCUGUCAUCAUGGAGGGUACUACAACUGUCAAGACAAAUACAAGCCACAGAGCUUGCCAGACCACAAGUGGGAGAUGUGCACCAGCAUGGACAGAGCAUCCUGGGGCUAUCGAAAAGACAUGACCAUGUCGACCAUCGCCAAGGAAAAUGAAAUCAUCGAGGAAUUGGUUCAGACGGUAAGUUUGGGAGGCAACUAUCUUCUCAACAUUGGACCAACUAAAGAUGGUCUGAUCGUCCCCAUCUUCCAAGAAAGGCUUCUUGCUGUCGGCAAGUGGCUGCAGAUCAACGGGGAGGCCAUCUAUGCCUCCAAACCCUGGAGGGUGCAGUCGGAAAAGAACAAGACGGUUGUGUGGUACACUACUAAAAACGCAACUGUUUACGCCACUUUCCUGUACUGGCCAGAAAAUGGGAUCGUGAACCUCAAAUCCCCCAAAACGACCUCGGCCACAAAGAUAACAAUGCUAGGACUAGAAGGAGACCUGAGCUGGACCCAGGAUCCACUGGAGGGCGUCCUCAUCUCUCUGCCACAGUUGCCACCUACCGUUCUGCCGGUGGAGUUUGCGUGGACUCUGAAGCUGACAAAGGUGAACUGAUCAAAGGAGCUCAAGGACAGACUGCCUGGGGCGCUGCUUACCAUCCCUGCAAUAAAGUAGCUUCCCUUCCUUCCACCCAGUGGUCAAUCUCCCAAGCCGUUCUAAUGGAUGGGCGAGCCAUUGCUAGCAUUUCUGGUGGGCAGAGAGACCUGGCCAGCUCAGCUGAGUCACCCAUGCCUCCACUAGGGUGGAACUUCCCUCUCUUCUCUGAUGACCUACCUGAUAAUGAGCCAAGUCAUCCUCUUGCCUGUGGGAGCAGGUCAGAGAGGUCUGGCGAGCUCAACCCCCUCUGCCUUAUUGGUUGGUACCAGUCCCGCAGAGAUGGACCAGGUCCUGCCCUCCGGGCUUGCCAGGCUGUCAUGCCAAGCAAGCCAAACGCUCUGCCACUGAGCACGUCUUCAGAGAUAUCCCGUCCCUCGGGAUUCAGUUAUUCGUGGGUGCCAGGGGGACCGCAGACCUGUAAGGAUAUGGGAUUGGAAGAGAAAAGAGAAGCAGAUGACCAAGUAGAUUGUACCUAUCAAGGUCUCCAUUUAUUAUGCUGAGGUGCCUUGUUUUAUAGCAUACAUUGCAGGGAAUGGGGAGGGGUCGAGGGGGAAUUUUAACAAAGAACAAAAAAGUGGGCAUCUGCUCACAUGAGGUCCGAAGUCAGGCUCCAGGCGGCGGGCACUCUGCAUCUUAUAGAUCUAUGCGGAACAUAGAUCCUCCUUGACAGCCUUGGGGUGUCAGGCCGGGCUCAGGCGUAACUCAUGUCCUUGGAUGGCUUGGGAGUCAGGAAGAGACAGGGAAGAGGGGACUAUAAUUUAGCUUUUACAGCCUCAGGUGCCAGGAAGGGAAUAGGGAGGAGGGAGUGAUAACCAGCUCCUAGCAUGAGGCCAUUUGGCCUGUCAGGGAGAUUGUGAAGGGCUCGCUUUCUCACGGGAUGGUCUCUGACACAGAGAUACCAAUGAAAGAAGGCGAUGCUGCCUUGCCUUAAAAAAAAAAAAAAAAAAAAAAAAAAAAGAUGGAAGUAAAUUUGUAUGCCAAAUUAUUUCUACCACAAGCAUGUGAUAGGUUUCUUUCCCUAACUUAGGUUACAGCUUUAUACUC